AAACCGGAAGUAAACGUGGACGACGGAGCUGGAUUGUCGUCUGUUUGAUAGCAACAGUUUUAGCGUUAUUACAGUCUUUACAGGACAGCUGGGUUAAUUCUGGACUCACAAUGGCUACUGUGGAAGAACUACAGACCAGAAUAAAACAACUGGAGGAAGAAUUGGAGCAAGAAAGAGCUCGGAAUCGCGGCGGAACCGAUGGGGGAGGGGGGCGGCAGAAGAUCGACCAAAUGAGCUCGGAGGUUGUGGACUCAAACCCCUACAGUCGACUAAUGGCUCUGAAGAGAAUGGGAAUAGUAGACAACUAUGAGAGAAUUCGUGAUUUUACGGUAGCGAUUGUGGGUGUUGGAGGGGUCGGGAGUGUCACUGCAGAGAUGCUGACCAGAUGUGGGAUUGGGAAGUUGUUGCUGUUUGACUAUGAUAAGGUAGAACUGGCCAACAUGAACCGACUGUUCUUCCAACCUCACCAAGCAGGGCUCAGUAAAGUCCAGGCAGCAGAAAUUACACUCAGAGAUAUCAAUCCAGACGUUGAGUUUGAGACACACAACUACAACAUCACUACUGUAGACAACUUUCAGCACUUUAUGGACAGAAUAAGCCAUGGUCACCUGCAGGGAGACCGGCCUGUGGACCUAGUUCUCAGCUGUGUGGACAACUUUGAGGCUAGAAUGGCCAUCAACACGGCUUGUAAUGAACAAGGCCAGGUGUGGAUAGAGUCAGGAGUGAGUGAAAACGCAGUGUCUGGACACAUACAGGUUAUCAAGCCUGGGGAGACCGCAUGUUUUGCUUGUGCCCCACCGUUGGUGGUUGCAUCAGGUAUUGAUGAGAAGACCCUGAAGAGAGAGGGAGUGUGUGCAGCCAGCCUCCCAACUACCAUGGGCAUCGUGGCUGGCUUUCUAGUACAGAACACUCUCAAAUACCUGCUGGAGUUUGGCAGUGUUACAUACUACCUGGGCUACAAUGCCAUGCAGGACUUCUUCCCUUCCAUGUCCAUGAAGCCCAACCCAAACUGUGACGACUCCUACUGUACAAAACUGCAGACUGAAUACCAGGAGAAGCUGGCAGCUCAGCCUAAAGAGGAAGUUAAAGAAGAGAAGGUAGAGGAGGUGGUGCAUGAUGCUAAUGACUGGGGUAUAGAGUUGGUAGCAGAAACAACAGAAGAAGAACUAAAAGCGGCGUCACAGGGACAUGUGCCUGAGUUGGUGGAGGGGGUGCAUGUAGCCUACAUCAGACCAAUGACUCAGGAGGAUGAGGAGGGAGCCUCGGGGCUGACAGUUGACGAUCAGGAAAGUCUGGAGGAUCUCAUGGCCAAGAUGAAGAGUAUAUAGCACUGCAUUCUGGGAGAAAGCAAGGCAUGCUGGAUAUUUGGAUGAAAAGUUUUACUACUAAAUGGAACACAAAAAGCAAUCAUUUUGUGUACCACGCUUUCGAAGUAAACCUAAAAUGUCACAAAAUACACAGUAUAAUCACAGAAUUUGCUCUGAAUGGCUGAAACUGAUCUGAAAAUUAGCAAAUAAAAAAGGAAGGUUCUGUGUAACAUGAGCAUUCCAUGAAGAGGCCACAGCUUGUCAAGUUUAGAAUGAUCUGUUACAACUCACACAGUGCCAACAAUAUGUAUUUCAGACUCCUCACAACAUGCACAGUUAUGUUGGGCAUGAAAUGUUUGGAAUACAAUUGACUGGAAAAACAAAAGAUGUAUAUCUAUGGUGAGGACCACACACUGUCCUUGCAGCAUGCUGGACUGUUAACAAAAAUAAAAGUCAAUGGUAACAACAAUGACCUAAAGGUGGAAUUGAUGUAGAGUUGUUGCAGUCCUGCCAAGAUUUUGAUGAAGCAUGAUAAAACAUUCCGUAACAUUCAACAAUGUUGGACUUGAUACAUGACAACAGUAACCUUACUGGGGGUUGCCUGGUAUUACAAAAGGAUAUCAGUUCAUGUUUUUGUUCUUGCCUAAAAAGUACAAGCUGACAGAACCGUAAAUGUCUUGUAACAACAGUUGUGAGUUCUGGGAAAAAGGCUUGGUCAAACAAAUGUAACAAAUAUACAAUUUUUUGCAUAGCAACUUUGCUUCACUGCCAUUAAGAAAGCAGCAUAUACAUGUAGUAAGUUCAAUGUAGCUGCUAGGUAACACAAAUACAUUGAAUUACAUUAUUUAUGAGUAAACGGAGGUCUAAUCCUGUCUAAACCCAUCUCAUCCAUUCAUAUCUUGGUGCAUAAAUCCUAGGUACAUUCCUAGGCAAAAAGGAUUCCCCCUAUCACUACAUCUUGAUGCUAUAUUUCAUAGUUGCAGUUUCAUCAUGUUUUUGGAAAGUCCCAGUGUGGGUCAAAUCCAAUCACCAUCGUCUCAAUGACAAAAACAAUGAAGCCGUGGUAGAUUUCCUCGUACUUGAUGGUGAAGCGAUCCUCCAAACACUCCUGUACGGUAGUGAGGAAAGCAGUCUCUAUCGCCUGUAGGGUGUUGAGAAAGAAAUAGAUUACGUUUUCUUUUGAUCAUCAACAAAAUUUAAAGCUGAUCACUAUCUCAAACUGUUGACAAAAAUGUACUUACUUUUUUACCU